AUGGCUCGGACGACGUCGUUUUUGCUCUGCACCCUGGUCCUCUUCGGAACCCUAGCUCUCAUCCAGGCAAAGAAGUCAAAGGAGGAUCUGAAGGAAGUGACCCACAAAGUUUUCUUUGAUGUUGAGAUUGCUGGCAAGCCUGCUGGUCGGGUUGUAAUUGGUCUCUUUGGGAAGACGGUUCCCAAGACUGCAGAAAAUUUUCGAGCUCUUUGCACAGGGGAGAAGGGCAUUGGAAAGAGUGGAAAACCUCUCCAUUUCAAGGGUAGUAAAUUUCAUAGGAUUAUACCCAGUUUCAUGAUUCAGGGAGGUGAUUUCACACUUGGUGAUGGAAGAGGUGGAGAAUCAAUUUACGGAGAGAAGUUUGCUGAUGAGAAUUUCAAGCUGAAGCAUACUGGCCCAGGGCUUUUGUCAAUGGCAAAUGCUGGUUCCGACACCAAUGGUUCACAGUUCUUCAUCACAACUGUGACAACUAACUGGUUGGAUGGCAGACAUGUUGUAUUUGGAAAGGUGCUGUCUGGAAUGGAUGUGGUUUACAAGAUUGAAGCCGAAGGAAAUCAGAAUGGCACACCCAAGAGCAAAGUCGUGAUCGCAGACAGUGGCGAACUUCCUCUCUAG